AAUAGGAGUCGGUACUCCGGCAUCAAAAUGUAAGUAACCGACAAUAAAAAUUAAAAUCAGAUGAUUCAAACACGUUAUAUCAUCAUAAACCACCAAACUGUAUUUUUGUCAAGACAUUACAACUUCUAAGAGAGAUUCCGAGCUUACAUGGAGAUUGAAUCCUCCCCUUCAACGUCAUCGUCGGCAUUGUAUUCCUCCGAUCAAUAUCACGUUCCUCAUAAAUGGCUCGAGGUUCAGGAUUCGCUGAAGAAGAAAUUAGUCACCGAAGAUGAUUACACGUGGAAGUUGGGGGAAACAGGAGAGGGUUGUGGAGUAGAAUUGUUGAAGUACAUAGGCGGAGUUGAUAUAAGUUUCUCAAAAGAUGAUCCGUCAGUUGCUUGCGGAACCCUCGUUGUUUUGGAUUUUAAAACUCUCGAUGUCGUUUAUGAGGAUUCGUCUAUCGUUACGAUCGAUGUCCCAUAUGUUCCUGGCUUUCUUGGCUUUAGAGAGGCUCCUAUAUUUCUAAAACUAUUGGAGAAAAUGCAGAAUGGUUCUCAUCCUUUCUACCCUCAGUUAUUGAUGAUUGAUGGAAAUGGCAUACUUCAUCCUCGAGGCUUUGGCUCAGCUUGCCAUCUUGGGGUUCUGGCCAAUCUUCCUACAAUUGGCAUAGGGAAGAAUUUGCAUCAUGUGGAUGGUCUUACUAACUCAAAAGUAAGGGAGCUGUUUGAAGCUGAUGAGAAUUACAACAUAGACUUCAUUUAUUUAAUUGGGGACUCAGGGAACACUUUAGGAGCUGCAUUACAUUCAAGUAAAGGAUCAUUUAAACCAAUAUUUGUUUCAAUAGGCCACCGUGUAUCUUUGGCUUCUGCUGUUGAAGUUGUUAGAAGAACAUGCAACUACCGUGUCCCCGAGCCCAUUCGCCAGGCUGACAUAAGAUCAAGAGAGUAUCUUCGGAAGCAUCAUUGAAUCCUGUUGGGAUGUUGUAACUUGUUACUGCACUUUACUUACCUGAUGACACAGUGGCAUUCAAAUAGAAUGGAUGUUGGUUUACAUUAACUUUUUAACAAUAAAAGGUACAUAUUAUAUAUAUUAAUAUAUAUUGUAAUUCUUUAUUCGACUAAAUUGUAAAAAUUCACGUGUUGUAAACAAGUAAUAGUAGAUAUGGUCUAUUCAACGAUGAGACUUAUGUAUGUUGUUCGAUCAAAGUUUACAUUUAAAAUAAAGGGCAAAUGACAC